AUGUCAGACGACCACAUAAAUGUGCCAUUCUUUAAAAAGAAAACUAGAUUAAAUGUAAACCUUAGAAAACGUAAAAAGUCACCUUCACCUGGUGCCAAUGUAGGAGAAGAAGAUAAUUCUUCAGCCGUGGUAACAAAAGAAAGAAAAUUAGACACUUCACAUCCUUUUGUACAGGCUUCAAAAAAAGGAAGACGUGUUACCAGGGAAGAAAUUAGUGACAUGUAUAUUGCUAAUAAAUCUGCUGUCACUUCUGCUUCUGAAGAUAUUGCUACUAGGACUGCAGAAUGGGAUACUGAAACAGAUAGAGAUGCUCAAGCUUUAUUGGAGAAGAAAUUGGCCGCCGAAGAAGCACUCGAUGAUAACCUUUAUAAAGGGGCAAAUGCGUAUAAAUCCUAUAUCAAGAAACGUGAUACGGCUGCUGGAAGUGCCGCGAGUUCAAAAAUAAAAGCUGGGCCAAUUCGAGCACCAUCAAAUAUUCGGGUAACUUCACGAUUCGAUUACCAACCCGACAUAUGUAAAGAUUAUAAAGAAACGGGAUAUUGUGGAUAUGGUGAUUCGUGUAAAUUUUUACAUGAUCGAGGUGAUUAUAAGAGUGGAUGGCAAUUAGAAAGAGAAUGGGAAGAAAUGAAUGGAAAGUUGAAAAAAGAUCCAAAUGCAUUUCUCGUCGAGAAUAGUGACGAAGAGAGUGAGGAAGAAUUACCAUUUGCCUGUAUUAUUUGUCGACAAAAUUUUAAGGAUCCUAUCGUCACACAGUAA